AUGCGAGAAUGUAUCAGUAUUCACGUUGGUCAAGCUGGUGUCCAAAUUGGUAAUGCUUGUUGGGAAUUGUAUUGUCUUGAACACGGUAUUGAACCUGAUGGAACAUUUAGCAAAGAACGAGAUAAUAGUCAUAUUAUCAAGUCAAUCUCAGACUCAAAGGAAACCUCAUUCAGUACAUUUUUCAGUGAAACAGGAACUGGCCAAUACGUACCACGCGCAGUUUUCAUUGAUCUUGAGCCAACUGUUAUCGAUGAAAUUCGACGUGGUCCAUACGCCAAAUUGUUUCAUCCUGAGCAAUUGAUCUCAGGUAAAGAGGAUGCCGCUAACAACUACGCUCGCGGUCAUUACACAAUUGGCAAAGAAAUCGUGGAUACUGUACUAGAAAAAUUACGUAAAAUUGCUGAUCAAUGUACAGGUUUACAAGGAUUUUUGGUCUUCCAUAGCUUUGGUGGAGGAACAGGGUCUGGUUUCACAUCGCUAUUAAUGGAACGUCUCAGUUUAGAUUAUGGUAAAAAGUCUAAACUCGAAUUUGCUGUCUAUCCUGCUCCUCAGGUCUCAACUGCUGUCGUUGAACCAUAUAAUUCAAUAUUAACAACGCAUUGUACAUUGGAACAUACGGACUGUGCCUUUAUGGUCGAUAAUGAGGCUAUUUACGAUAUCUGUCGUCGUAAUUUGAAUAUUGAACGCCCGUCUUAUCAAAAUUUGAAUCGAUUGAUCGCACAAAUUGUAUCUUCAAUCACAGCAUCGCUUCGUUUCGAUGGCGCAUUGAAUGUUGAUUUAACAGAAUUUCAAACAAAUCUCGUUCCGUAUCCGCGCAUACAUUUUCCACUUGUUACCUACUCUCCAAUCUGUAGUGCUGAAAAAGCUGCUCACGAAGCAUUCAGUGUUCAAGAUAUUACUAACGCCUGUUUCGAACCAGUCAAUCAAAUGGUUAAGUGCGAUCCACGUAAUGGCAAAUAUAUGGCUUGUUGUUUAUUAUAUCGUGGUGAUGUUGUACCAAAAGAUGUUAACUCAGCUAUAUCAGCUAUAAAAACAAAACGAUCGAUUCAAUUCGUUGAUUGGUGUCCAACAGGUUUCAAAGUCGGAAUCAAUUAUCAACCACCUGUUGCUGUUCCAGGUGGCGAUGUAGCUAAAGUACCUCGCGCCGUAUGCAUGAUCUCAAAUACGACAGCUAUCGCUGAAGCAUGGGCACGUCUAGAUCAUAAAUUUGAUCUAAUGUACGCUAAACGAGCGUUUGUACACUGGUAUGUCGGCGAAGGCAUGGAAGAAGGUGAAUUUGCCGAAGCUCGCGAAGAUUUAGCUGCAUUGGAAAAAGAUUACGAAGAAGUUGGUAUUGACUCAGCAACCGAUGCUCCAGCUGAAGCUGAAGAAUAUUAA